AUGGAGAGAAAUGAUUGUUUAUUCAGUGACUGGUCAAAAUCUACCUUCCCACCAGCUGAUCCACCCAGACCGACUCUGACUCCGACUCCGUCCACACUGGAGGUGAAGAAAGGAACCUCAGUGAGUUUGACGUGCUCUGCUCCAGCUCCCUGUCUGUCUCACCCUCCAACUCUGACAUGGACCCCCGGCCUUGGUGACAGUCAGGAGACACUGCAGGAGAAUCAGGACAAAACUAAAGUCCAGACCUCUGUUGUCAGCUUCACUGCUUCUCACCUCCAUCACGGAAAGACAAUCUCCUGUACUGCCACCUACAACAAACAAGAUGGCAGCACUGAGUCAGCCGUUAGCACAAGUUUAACAGCUGACAUUUCAUGUGACCUGUGUGGAGUGUUUAAGGUCAUAAUGCCACAGACUAUAGAGGUUCCUAGUGGAUCCUGUGUGACCAUCCCCUGCUCCUUUGACGUGGAGAACAAAUAUAAAUUGCAGCUAGACAACACAUGUAAAGCACAAUGGAAAAAAGAUGGAGUUACUGUGUUUGAUAGCAGCCAGCCACAAACAACUACAAACAGCGGACAACUGACAGGAGACUUGACCAAAAAAGACUGCACCACAACCCUGAACAACAUACAACCUGAUGACAACAACAAAAAAUAUUCCUUCAGACUGGACUGCGCAGGCUUAGGAUAUGAUUUUUCUGAACAAAUCUCUUUUUCAGUCACAGACUUGAGUUUCUGCAUCUCCUGA